AUGAAAAAUAAUUGUGUAACAAUUGGAUUUAAAAUAUUUUUUUUAAUGUUAGUAUUGUUUAUUUUGAUUUUAUUUGGUUUGUCACAUAAUAUUAAUAAUACUAAUAAUAAUAAUAAUACUAAUAAUAAUAAUAAUAAUAAUAAUAAUAAUAAUAAUACUAAUAAUAAUAAUAAUAAUAAGAAAAAAUAA